UAGGACUACCUUACCCACGUCAACCUCACACCAUGACGUCUGACACCCAAAGCGCUACCGCGCAGGCGCUCAGCAAGAGUGGAAUCCCCGAAGCACCAGCCCCAUGGGAUCUCAAAGCACGAAGUUGGACCUUUGUAUUAUCACCGCUAUCAAAACAGGCAAAUUUUCCAGCAGGAUGGGCUGCGCCCUACCAGGCGGAAGCUUUGGCAGGUAGUGGCGAAUUUAUAGGAGGACCGGGAAUGAUCAUGGUCGUGUCUUACACGGAAACGCCGGUCGGUCCAUAUGACGAGGUGAUAUACAUGCCUGGUAGAUGGAAGUACGCAGACGGAACCACAGGGGCACGAAUCACCAGGAUAUACGUUUCGACUGCAGCUUCAAUGGAAAAUGGUCGAAGAAACUGGAACAUCCCUAAACAGGUGGCAUCGUUCUCCUUUACCGAAGAUCCCACCACAUCAGCGUGGUCCUUGACUGUCAGUCCUCUUGAUAACCCCUCGACACCGUUCUUCAAGGUAUCCGUUGGGCGUAUCCCACUGCUAUCGAGUUUUCGUAUCCCCUUCACGUCCAAAAUCCUCGGCAGUCUUAACACAAUCGUGCAACCGCCACUUCCUCAAGGAUCCUUGCCCGAAGAGGUGGGAACCGAGAAGGGAGCUGUUUUUACCCCGCUUAUGAAGCAAAUGGUACGAUUCACCAAAAUGAAAGGGGAGUUUGAAGACGGAAAAGUUGGAGAUGGGAUAGGGUUUCCCGCGGUGGUGCCUUGGGGACUGGCCUAUCAAAUGGAGGAUGUGGUCAUGGACUUUGUGGUUCCAGAAUGGAGAGACGAGCUCAGAUGAAAGAUGUCUGGUCAUGUACUUAUAUAUCGAGCUUUC